AGCGGCAUGCCAGACUCUUGCACGCAAAUUACACUUCACAGUUUAUGGAAAGAAAAAUGCUUCUACGAAGGUUUCUGAUUCGAUUUCUACACAAUAUCCAGUAGUGGACCAUGAAUUCGAUGCAGUUGUUGUGGGUGCAGGAGGAGCAGGUCUGCGGGCUGCAUUUGGUUUGUCAGAGGCUGGAUUUAAUACAGCAUGUGUUACAAAGCUGUUUCCCACCAGAUCUCAUACUGUUGCUGCACAGGGAGGAAUCAAUGCUGCUCUGGGAAACAUGGAGGACGAUAACUGGAGGUGGCAUUUCUAUGACACAGUGAAAGGGUCUGAUUGGCUGGGUGACCAGGAUGCCAUACACUACAUGACCGAGCAAGCCCCAGCUGCUGUGAUAGAGCUGGAAAAUUAUGGGAUGCCAUUCAGCAGAACUGAAGAAGGAAAAAUCUACCAGCGUGCAUUUGGUGGACAGAGUCUUCAGUUUGGAAAAGGAGGACAGGCUCACAGGUGCUGUUGUGUUGCAGACAGGACAGGACACUCACUGUUACAUACUCUGUAUGGCAGGUCUCUAAGAUACGAUACAAGCUACUUUGUUGAAUAUUUUGCCUUGGACCUACUUAUGGAAAAUGGAGAAUGUCGUGGUGUUAUUGCCCUUUGCAUAGAAGAUGGCACUAUACAUCGUUUUAGAGCAAAGAACACUGUCAUUGCCACUGGUGGGUAUGGCCGCACUUACUUCAGUUGUACAUCUGCUCAUACUAGUACGGGUGAUGGCACUGCUAUGGUUACACGAGCUGGUCUUCCUUGCCAGGACUUAGAAUUUGUACAGUUUCACCCUACAGGUAUCUAUGGUGCUGGCUGCCUUAUAACAGAAGGGUGUCGUGGAGAGGGAGGUAUUCUAAUUAACAGUCAAGGUGAAAGAUUUAUGGAGAGAUAUGCACCUGUUGCUAAGGAUCUGGCUUCCAGGGACGUAGUAUCUCGUUCUAUGACCAUAGAAAUCCGUGAAGGAAGGGGUUGUGGUCCUGAAAAAGACCACGUGUACUUGCAGUUGCACCACUUACCACCACAGCAGCUAGCAACCCGUCUCCCAGGAAUUUCAGAAACAGCUAUGAUAUUUGCUGGAGUUGAUGUCACUAAAGAGCCCAUUCCUGUUCUGCCUACUGUGCACUAUAAUAUGGGAGGUAUUCCUACUAACUACAAAGGACAAGUGAUUACACAUGUGAAUGGUGAGGAUAAAGUAGUACCUGGUCUGUAUGCUUGUGGGGAAGCAGCCUCUGCAUCUGUCCAUGGCGCAAAUCGACUUGGAGCAAACUCACUUCUGGAUUUGGUGGUCUUUGGUCGUGCUUGUGCCCUUACUAUUGCAGAGAUGUGCAAGCCUGGAGAGACAGUUCCCUCCAUUAAACCAAAUGCUGGUGAAGAGUCAGUUGCUAAUCUUGACAAAUUAAGAUUUGCUAACGGAACCAUAAGAACUUCAGAAGUGCGACUUAACAUGCAGAAGACAAUGCAAAACCAUGCUGCUGUAUUUCGUACUGGUUCUGUACUUCAAGAAGGCUGUGAAAAACUUAGCCAAAUUUAUAGUGAUCUGGCUCAUCUAAAGACAUUUGACAGAGGUAUUGUGUGGAACACUGACUUGGUGGAGACCCUCGAACUGCAAAACCUGAUGCUUUGUGCUUUACAAACCAUUUAUGGUGCUGAGGCUCGCAAAGAGUCUCGGGGUGCUCAUGCCAGAGAGGACUAUAAGUUUCGGAUAGAUGAGUUUGACUAUUCUAAGCCGCUCCAAGGCCAACAGCAGAAGCCAUUUGAAGAGCACUGGAGAAAGCACACCCUUUCGUAUGUGGAUGUCCCAUCUGGGAAGGUUACCUUGAAAUACAGACCUGUGAUUGACAGAACUUUGAAUGAAGAAGACUGCUCAACUGUCCCGCCUGCUAUUCGCUCAUACUAGUAACUUACAUUCAACUUGCAGUCCUCCCCCAGAGGGGGUUAGUGUACAUAAGCAUAGCGCAAGCAAAUCAAAAUAGUAUUGUCACUACCAAUUAACGGAAAGUGCUGACUAAACUUUUCUCCAGCUUGUAUUCUGCUGUGGCUUACUGUACAAUUAUGAAAAUGGAAUGCAGGACA